UUGUCACCUGUCAAACAGCUGAGAAAAGAAAAAAAAGUGCGAAUCGCAUGAUUCAUACACAGCAUUAGUAAUAAACGGCUUGGGAGAGAGAGUUUCGGGGCGAAAUAUUUUUCGUACCGGACAAAGUGCGUUCCAGAACACGAGCAUCGGACGUUUUACGUGUCGCUCCAACACUACAAACUACAUUGCAAGGGGGAACAUUUCACUCCACAUCGAACCGCAACCCUAACGCGAGUAUACAAUGGGCCUGCUGUCCGUACCGUUGAAGAAACCGUCCGAGGUGGACCUGGCCAAGCCGCUGAAAACGCUUGUCCAAAGCAACUAUCGGAAUCUGGCCCCGGAACAGCUGAACGUCAUCAAUGAAGCGAUAGCCGAGCUGAAUCAACUACGCAACACAGCCGUCUGGAAGGUGUUCGAUAAGCAGGAGUCGGGUCUCGAGAUAAACUAUCGCUACUACGACCAGCUCACUGCGCUGGAGUCGAAAAUUCCGGUGCAGGAGCUGCAGGUACCGUUCAAAUGGAAGGAUGCAUUCGACAAGGGGUCCAUUUUCGGUGGUCGCAUUAGCUUGACGCUCACUUCGAUCGGGUACGAAAGGACGUGCGUAUUGUUUAACCUCGCCGCACUGCAGAGCGCCGUCGCCAGCAACCAAAGCAACGACAACGAUGAAGGAUUAAAGCAGGCGGCGAAACUGUUCCAACAGAGUGCAUCAAUAUUUACGUUCCUAAAGACGCUUGCAUCGGCCACGAUUCAGGGCGAACCGACGCCCGACCUUUCGCAGGACAGUUUGACCGCCCUCGGCAACCUAAUGCUGGCACAGGCCCAGGAAAUGUUCGUUAUCAAAGCGAUUAAGGACAACAUGAAGGAUCUGAUUGUAGCGAAGCUGUGCGCGCAGUGCGAGGAACUCUACUCGGAAUCGCUGCGCGCGAUGCAGCGUGACAGUGUGCGUGCGCUGUGGGAUAAGGAAUGGAUACCGCAGGUUGCUGGCCGCCAGGCAGCGAUGCACGCCCUGACCAUGCUGUACCACAGCAAAGUGUCGCAAGCGAACAAAGCGUUCGGUGAGGAAAUUAGCCGGCUGCAGAAAGCGGUCGAACUGUUCAAGACGGCUCAGUCGCGCUCGUCCAAUCCGACCCUGUUCCAGGAGUACGCACAGCGCGCCCAGAAGAGUCUGGCCGAUGCGAAGAAAGACAACGAUUUCAUUUACAACGAAAUCAUACCGGACGUAAACAAUCUGCCCAGCCCGGGUAAGGCACAGCUGGCGAAGGUGCUCCCGAUGGCGACGCACCUCAGUGAAGAGUUUAGGGAUCUGUUUACUGCGCUUGUACCGGUUGCGGUCAAUCAGGCGCUUGCCGCGUGCGAAGGUCGAAAGACGGAACUGGUCAAUGGAGAGAUUAUGCGACUGCGCGAGGCGACAACGGCACUGAACGGGUUGCUUUCGAGCCUGAAUCUACCGGCCAUCGUGGAAGUGACGGCCACGGGAGAGAGUAUGCCCCCCUCGCUGCAGGAGAAAGCAACCGCGGUACGGGAGAAGGGUGGAAUUGGGAAGUUGAAGGAGCUGAUCGAACGUUUGCCAGAACUGUUUACGCGCAACAAGGAAAUUCUUGACGAGGCCUUCCGAAUGUUGGACGAGGAGCGCGACUCCGACAGUCAGCUGCGGGCGCAGUUUAAGGACCGUUGGACGCGCACCCCCUCCGACAAGCUGUCCGCAACGUUCCGCGCCAAUGGGGAAAAGUAUCGCACGAUCAUCAACAAUGCGACCGCCGCGGAUAAGGUGAUCCGGGAGAAGUUUGCCACCCACAAGCACGGGCUCGAACUGCUCUCGAUGGCGACCGAUCAGCUAGCGAAGGAGAUUCCGUCGGCCGGUGCCGGAGCCAGCAGCGAAGCGUCCAACUCGUCCGCCGCCCAGGCGCUCCGUGCGCUGAUGGAAUCGGUCGAAACACUGAAAGCCGAACGGGAGUGCAUCGAAUCGGAGCUGAAAACGCUCACGAUCGAUCUGAAGGAACGGUUCCUGGGAGCGCUCGCAACCGAGGGCGUUAUUAACGAGCCGGCCAUCUCGCUGUCCGAAAUUGGCAAGCUGAUCGGUCCGCUGCAGGAGCAGGUGGGCGAAACGCUAGCCCGCCAGCAGGUGCUGUCGACGGAGAUUCGCGAAGCACACGAACGGUUCGUGUCGGAAUCGGGCGUAUCGACCGAUCAGCGCGAUCGCACGCUGUCCGAGCUGGCCGCCGCCUACGAUGUGUUUACCGAGCUGCAGGGCUAUCUGCAGGAGGGCGAAACGUUCUACAACGGGCUGACCGAGAUUCUGCUCGUCUUCCAGAGCAAGAUUAGCGAUUACUGUUUUGCGCGCAAAACCGAAAAGGAAGAGCUGAUGAAGGAUCUGACGCACGAAUCGAGCCGCCAAGCGGUACCGGCGACGCCGAUCAUUCCGACCCACCACACGUCCACCACGGCAACGAACGAUUUGGGCAGCAGCUCGGCUUCAGCCGCUCCGAGCAGCAGCGCGCCACCACCGCAGGCGGCGGCACCCACGGGUCAUGCGCCCUAUCCACAGCAAAUGCAAGGCAUUCCGAUGGCAGCAGCGUACGGUGGCAACAUGGCAGCGAUGGCUGGUGGUGGUGGUGGCUUUACCGGCUACGCGCCACCACCGAUGCCCCAAGGUUUCAAUCCCUACGGAACACUUCCCUAUCCGUCGGCUUACACCGGGUUUCCACCGGCAACGAUGGUGCCACCACCGUAUUAUGGAACGUACCCGGGAGCGUACGGCCAUCAGCAGCAGCAGCAGCAGCAGCAACCGCCGCAACCUGGUGCACCCAAUCCAAACAACCCGAUGGGAUGGUAGAGGUGGUCUCCUUUCCCCCAGGCACCACUCUGCACGCCUUAGCCACAUGGACACGCGCACACACACACACACAAACUCAGCAGUUGGGUUAUAAAAAAGAGAAGAAAAAAUUUAAUGUCUAAUAGGUUAAAAAGUAUCGAUAUAACUCUAUAUAUCCUGUUGUGUAUUAUUGAUCGAAUUCGUUGAAUAACUCAAACCAACACACACACACACACCCGUAAUUACAUACAUCUACAAUUUACGAACGAAUCUGUGAAAGCUGAGUUAAAUACUUCAUGUUCUUCUGUAUGAUUGUGCUGAAUAAAUUAAUUAUAUAUUCAUACAAA